CUUAAGGUCAUCUUACAAAAUGUCAUCAUACAUCCUGAAUUAUGAUAUAGUCGGAUGAUAUGAAAUUGUAAUGAACACCAUUUGUUGAAGAAAAAAGGGAACUUUAUUAGCACAAGGUUAAGAUUUAAUAUUUGGCCAAUACUAAGGUUAAUACAUUGACAUGGAGCCCCAAAUGACUCAUCAUAGACCCCUGAAAAACAUUUCACUUAACCAUAUGGUAGAUGCUCUUUUAACUACUCCACAUAGUCAAUAGAUUUCACUGUGUUCGCUGUUGUUUGAUGAAUUCUAUGCAAUGAGUUAUAAAGAAUAAACCAAUACAAAUGUUAAGAGCCCCCCUAUGAAAAUGAAAUGCCUAUCAAUCUACCUAGAAUCUAUUUUGUAUGUUCUGGUGACGGCCCUGCAUGUAGCCUACUGUAUUAUGUCAUUUUCUUUACAUAUUUGUGUUACACUAUUAGCACCAUUCUUAUGUUAAGCUGUUUGAUGCGCCUCGUGCGGAGUGGGACGUGGCUUGCGUUGCUUAGCAGCGUGGGCUCCUGCGCGCGCCCUGCUCCGUUCUUUGACGCCAGAGUGACGUUAAUAAAGUGAGUGAGUGAGUCGGACCGCUUAUUGUGGCGAAUUAAGACCGAGUCUACAGAGAGGAUUGUGAGCAGCGGUAUCCAGAGACAGCAAGAGAAGUGAUUUUUAAACUUCAUCUUAAAAAGAAACAAAUGGCGUGAAUGAGGCGCAAAGCAAAAUUGCAGGAAUUUUAGCUCAGAGGAAAACAGCAGCUUGUUUACAGACGGAGGCUUUAACAUGUUAUAGUCCACACGUAGUUAUUGACAAUAACCAUGGUGGUGUUGUCAGAUGAUGGGCCAGAUGCAAUGAACCAGAUUGGUAAACCUCUGCAGGUUGGCUUCUAUGAGAUCAUCCGUACGCUGGGGAAAGGAAACUUUGCUGUGGUGAAGCUGGCACGACACAAAGUCACUAAAACACAGGUUGCCAUUAAAAUCAUCGACAAAACCCACUUGAAUGCAUCAGACUUGGAAAAACUCAACAGGGAAGUUAAAAUCAUGAAGCUUCUGAAGCAUCCACACAUCAUCAGACUCUACCAGGUUAUGGAAACCAAGAACAUGUUGUACAUUGUAACCGAGUAUGCUAAUAAUGGUGAGAUGUUCGAUUAUCUUGCACGCAACGGUCAUCUGAGUGAGGAAGAAGCUCGCAAGACUUUCUGGCAAAUUCUCUCAGCUGUAGAAUAUUGCCACAGAUGCCACAUUGUACAUAGAGACCUGAAAGCUGAAAAUUUACUACUGGAUAGCAACAUGAACAUCAAGCUUGCAGACUUUGGUUUUGGAAAUUUCUUUGUACCUGGAAAGCCUCUUAAUACCUGGUGUGGAAGUCCACCUUAUGCAGCACCGGAGAUGUUCCAGGGAAAUGAAUAUGAAGGACCACAGCAAGACAUAUGGAGUCUAGGUGUAGUAUUGUAUGUGUUGGUGUGUGGAUCGCUGCCAUUUGAAGCUGACUCACUUCCAGCCCUGAAACAGCGUGUCAUAGAGGGACGCUUUAGGAUUCCUUACUUCAUGUCACAGGGGUGUGAGGACCUGAUACGGAGGAUGCUGGUUGUGGAUCCGGCCAAACGUAUCAGUCUGAAACAAAUCAAACAGCACUGCUGGAUGAAAAUUGCACCAAAAACAGUGUGCCAGUCUUUAUUUGACCCUCCUGACCAGGAAAGGCACUGCCAGGAAAAGACAUACAAUGAGCAAGUACUCAGUCUCAUGCAGACACUGGGCAUUGACAAGCAGAGGACCACUGAAUCUUUACAGAAUGACAGCUACAACCACUUUGCUGGCAUUUAUUGGCUUUUGCUCGAGCGACUGAAUGAACAAGAGCAAAUCAGAAAAGCUCCAGACUGGUCUAAAAAGCUUUGUUACAAACAACCAGUGUUGGGAAAUGUAUUAGAUACAAGUCCACUUAUGUUCGAGGACAGAAACUCUUCCUCUCCCAGCAGCUUAAUGCAUGCUGGGUUAAGCAGUGCAGUACAAGUUAAAAACGUGGAUGAAGAGGAGAAGCAGUUACCUCUUGACUAUACAACUGGAAACAGGGGCACGAUACAUAGACACACAGACUCUGAGAGGUCCUCCUUUAAAAGCUGGUGUCACCCACCUAACAUUGUGUUGGAUCUAGUAGACAGUGUCACUGUAGACAGCUCACCCACCUCUUCCUUCACUGCCACCAGUGCCUCAAUCACUUCCCUCGGUGCUCUUUUACACCCACAACGCCCUAUGAACCAAGACCAGGGACAGCAUCCGUUUUCAGUGAAAUUAGAAAGAAGUCCUCUCACUCAUUCUCCUGUCCUGUUGUUCCAAACAAGUCUCCAAUUUCCUAAUUUCCAGGAGGGCAGAAGAGCCUCAGAUACCUCACUGCCACAAGGUCAGUGGGCUUUCCAUGAGCAUUUGGGCAAAAAUGUUCACACAACAGGCCAGUUUGGUUUGAGCAAAGUUCCCGUUCAGUACACAUGGCCCCCGAUGCCUAACCUAGAACAUACUAAUAAACCUCCGAAACAAUCAUGGGGGAAUCUUCAUGGCCCGACUGUAAGCCUUCAGCACCAUCAGUGGACAUCUAACAUUCGUUGUCAUUAUCCCCAUCUGCUACAAAAACCAUGUCCUCAUCCUCCUCCUACUGCAGCUAUCCAGAAUCACUCCAUCCACCCAGCACUAGACUCUGUGCGUCACUUAUCUUCUUUAUCCACUUCAGGUUACCACAAAUUCCACCACAGCCCUUUAUCUCCCCUUCACACACCUCAGUGUCUGUUUUCUCCUCGCCAAGGUCCACCAGCUCAAACUUUCUGUCUGCCAGCAAACUACUUGUGCUCUGCUUCUAGCUCAUGCUGAUGUCUGUUAGUAGUAAUGGAGGUUUCACUGUACCUGGUUAUAUCUUUGACAAUAAUUGUCAAUAAGCAAAAAGAUUUGUUCCAUUUACAAUAGAAAUGGCAAAUCUCUCAUUUGGAAAGAACAUCUGAAAUUACAAGAACAAAGGACACUCGGCCUCUAUGCACUAUAAUUUAUAUAAUGUAUAUAAUCACUAUGAAAUACAUAUAAAAAAUAUCCUAUUUCUAAUCCCAAGCACCUUAUCCAAGACCCUUGUUGAGUGUAUUUCCUGAUGUGUUUAAAUAAGCAAUAAUUAUUCUUUCUGUGAUUCUUGUUUUGCUUGAUGUCUCCAAUAUAAUCUGACUGCGACUGGAGUGGAUAAAUGAUAAUAGAUAAUUUAUCAUAACAUUGUGAUCACACAAUGUGUUUCAUUUUUUGUAUGUAUCUGUAUUUAUUCAUCCUUUGCAUAUAAUUUUUUUUUUUUUGCCAAACCAAAGAUAUAUUUCUUAAUUUAUUGUAAUUUAAUGCAAUGUUUCCAAAUUUCUUUCUUACCCCUCAAAUGAAUUCUAAAUGUGUUUGUGUUCAGAGGGCCUCUGGUUUUAAUAGGCAGAAUGCUAAAAAUACAUUCACAGACCACUUUAUUAGGAACACCUAUACACCUCAGUCAUGCAAUUAUUCAGUCAUCUGGUCAUGUGGUAGCAGCACAGUGCAUAAUAUUGUGCAGAUACAGACCAAGAUCUUCAGGUAGUGGUCACAUCAAACAUCAGAAUGGUUGAAAAAUGUGAUCUCAGUGACCGUGGGAUGGUUGUUUGUUAAGGAUGAGCUAAUUUGAGUAUCUCAGAAAAUGCUGAGGCCACAGGAGUAUGGCCAGACUGCUUCAGCUGUCAGGAAGGCUAAAGAAACUCAAAUAACCAUUUUUAAUAUUUUGGUGUGUCUCACCCCUCACCAGGACUCAAUAGACUCACCCAAACUGCAUGAAAACUGGAAAAAAAGACCAGGCAACAUAUUUUUGUUUUGGUUAAUAAUACAAUUUUAUUG